CAUGUCGCUUCUUGUGCAGCCAUACGAAGCUGUAGACAUCUGUCAAAGCCUCGACAGACGCGCAAGCGACUGACCCCUUGCGCGAAAGCAAAUGCGUGAGCGCGCGAAAGGUCGCUUGGGCCCUCGCGACCCCGCCCCGCGCACCUCCAGCCCAUACCAAGACAUAUGCAACCAAAUGCACAAGCCGACGCACCUCCACAGCGCCCAGAGAGCCCGCAAGCAUAAGGUUUUCCGUCACAGCUCUCGCUCGCAAGCAUCGUCUGUCACUUCUCCGCAACCACUUCAACCUAAUAGCAAAGAUGGCCCUCGCCUCUAAGGUUGCUACCCGCCCCGCCGUGGCCUCCCGCCGGGGUGCCGUGGUUGUGCGCGCCUCCGGCGAGUCGCGCCGCGCGGUGCUGGGCGGUCUGCUGGCGAGCGCUGUCGCCGCCGUGGCCCCCAAGGCUGCCCUUGCUCUGACCCCCGUCGACCUGUUCGAUGACCGCUCGGUUCGCGACCGCGGCUUCGACCUGAUCUACGAGGCCCGCGACCUGGACCUGCCCCAGAACGUCCGCGAGGGCUUCACCCAGGCUCGCGCUUCCCUGGACGAGACCAAGAAGCGCGUGAAGGAGUCUGAGGCCCGCAUCGACGCUGACCUGGACGUGUUCAUCCAGAAGUCCUACUGGACUGAGGCUCGCGAGCAGCUGCGCCGCCAGGUCGGCACCCUGCGCUUCGACCUGAACACCCUGGCCUCGACCAAGGAGAAGGAGGCCAAGAAGGCCGCCCUGGGCCUGCGCAAGGAGUUCAUCCAGGCCGUUGAGGACCUGGACUUCGCCCUGCGCGAGAAGGACCAGGCCUCCGCCGCCAAGAAGCUGGAGAUCACCAAGGCCAAGCUGGACUCCGUCCUGGCCGCCGUCCUGUAAGCGCCCUCUUCUUUCCACCUAACAGCUGAAUUUUCGGCCAUCUCUGGAGCUGCUGCAGCAGCAGCAUGAGGAUGGGGAGAAUGUAAGCGGCUUUGGAGUGAGGAGCAGCGGUUGCGUCGGUUGCAAUGCAAGCGGUGGUGUGACGCGUCGGAACCUAGAACACGUGUGACUGUCGUGUCAACUCGGGUCCGUGUGCGAAGGACGCGCUGUACGGGUGCAACCUCCGGUGGCCUAAGAGUGGGCGCCUGGAGGAGUGGUACUGAGGGCAGUGCACGGGAGUGCGCGGGUGUGCCGGUGCAGUUUUUGUUGUCUGCACUGGGCCGCCCUGCCGCUCCGCUUGGAUGAUGUGGCUUGUGUGUUUGGCCGCACGCUGCUUCCAGCGCGUUGCGCGCCUGUGUGCGGUUUGAUGGAUUAGGCGGUUUUCCCCCAAGAGAAGACGAUCAACGUAGAAAACAGGACAGGAGAUAAUCAAUCUCCGCACAUUUGGCAACCCCAGUUUGCCACGUGUAUUCUCAAGCUUAGGCAUGCAGCUCUUCUGGAGUGGCUCGCAACAGCACGGCGUGUAAUACACACGCAGUGAUACAUAAUUCUGCUCUGUACAUGUUCCUUUGUCCUUGGUGUGUAACCACGGCAAGUCAUUCUGGAGAUGUGAACACGCCAUGCAGUGCUGCGGAAUAGGAGGUACACCGCUAGGAAAUCUGCAGAAACAGGGUAUGUUUUCAGCUUCAGAGCUCAUCUGUUCAUGAAGCAAACCUUCGGUGACAAGCCUACCUACGCAGGAAUCAGCGUGCUAGGGUUGGCAGCAGUGGCAAGCUCGUGGGGGGCAGUGAUUGCUGUCUUCCGUGCUGUUCCGCACUCACAUCAAGACUGCGCUUAAGAACGCCCCGAAAGUCUGCUUUGUGCGGGUGAUGUCCUGACUGCGAGUUUCCGGACAAAUGGUGGCGCGAUGGGCCAGGGGCGCGGUAUUGCAGCACUGCGGGGCAGCAGCCACAGUGCCAAUGUGCCAUAUCCCUCCCAACUACCAGUCUUACGUGUGCCCUGCUCCCUCAGUCGCAGACGGCACACCCAUUCCCAGGUGCUCGUGCCCGUGUGAGCCUGAGCAGGCUACAUUCACUACCUACAGUACCCCCGCAGCUACCCGACACCCAGCUCUGGCGGAGCUCCAGCCCCAUCGAAGAACAUUUGAUUUGCCCACGAGAGCUGCCGUUUUGUGGGCGGGACGCCCCAUAAUUUAAGAGGGCCAGAACACCGAGCGCGAGAUUUUGGACCUUACAGAUGGAGUUUGACCUGUGCGGCGAAGGCAUUGUGCUUUACCCGUCCACGCCACAUUCUGCUGCGGAACAUGCCCUGGGCAUCUGGGUGUGUGAUGGGACAGGGUUCAGGCAGGUUGGCGAGGUCCCAUAGGGUGCAGCUGACGCCCGUACCCCAAGCAGACAACAAACAGUUUGCAGUGGCAGAGCAGAACUGCAGAAGUGCAUGGCUGGUCGAACGCCGGAGUUACUGUACCGACAAGUUGCUGGCUGGCUGGAAGUUUGCUGAUGUGCAUUCCUCACUGUUGAGGACUAGCGGGUAUUCGGUCAGAACACUG